UGGCAAUCAAUCGCGCAACUCCUAUCGUUUCCACGGUUCCACCCCUAUUCCCGGUCUCGUUUUUUCACUGGACCUCGGCGCGUAGAUUACUCGCGAAUCGCCAUUAUUUGGUCUGCCUCGUGCCUCCAUAAAUAGCGCCUUUCACCUUCGUCUCCCAGACUCCCACCACCCGGCUCUUCACUCCUCUGCGCUGCAACGAGCGAUAAGUCCUGUAGCUCCUCUGCCCUUCGUCUCCUCUGUCCUGUAGCGAGCCGCAACAAGUGAAGUGAGCAGUAGGAGGGAUGGCGACAAUGCCGGCUCUGUUCUUGGUGGCAGCGGCUGCCCUGGCGCUGCUGGUCUCCCCCGCCACCGCCCGCGUUCCCGGCGUGUACACCGCCGGCGACUGGCAGAGCGCGCACGCCACAUUCUACGGCGGCAGCGACGCCUCCGGCACCAUGGGCGGCGCGUGCGGGUACGGGAACCUGUACAGCCAGGGGUACGGCGUGAACAACGCGGCGCUGAGCACGGCGCUGUUCAACGAGGGGCAGAGCUGCGGCGCGUGCUUCGAGAUCAAGUGCGAGAACCAGCCCGGGUGGCGGUGGUGCCACCCCGGGAGCCCCUCCAUCCUGGUGACGGCCACCAACUUCUGCCCGCCCAACUACGCGCUCCCCUCCGACGACGGCGGCUGGUGCAACCCGCCCCGCCCGCACUUCGACCUCGCCAUGCCCAUGUUCCUCCACAUCGCCGAGUACCGCGCCGGCAUCGUCCCCGUCUCCUACCGCCGGGUGCCGUGCCGGAAGUCGGGGGGUGUGCGGUUCACGAUCAACGGGUUCCGGUACUUCAACCUGGUGCUGAUCACCAACGUGGCCGGCGCCGGCGACAUCGUGCGCGCGAGCGUGAAGGGCUCGAGCUCGAGCACCGGGUGGAUGCCCAUGUCGCGCAACUGGGGCCAGAACUGGCAGUCCAACGCCAUCCUCGUCGGCCAAGCGCUCUCCUUCCGCGUCACUGGCAGCGACCGCCGCACCUCCACCUCCUGGAACGCCGCCCCGCGCAACUGGCAGUUCGGCCAGACCUUCGAGGGCAAGAACUUCAGGGCCUGACACAGCCGGCGUGUCCCGAUUCAUGCAAGAUAGAGAGAAGUCAAGGUCUUCUUAUACGUAAUUAGUAUAGUCAUUAAGCGUGGUUUAGGUUGGCUCCGUUUGAGUUCACCUCUUCCCGCCUUUAUCAAGUCCUCGGAGCUUUUUCUUCUGAACAAGGGGCGAAAGGGCAAAGUCUAGAGCUGUAUUAGGGUAGAUUAUCGUCACUAGUCGUGCUCUACUCCAUUGGUGUGCUUGUGACUACGCAUGUGUGUUUGUGUUAAAGGGUGGUGGUGAUGGAUUGUGUCUGCUCUCUGCAAGGCUUGGUUUGGGUCCGGGGGUGGAGAGAGAUUUGUGUGAAGAGUGGCUGAAGUGGCUGCCAAGCUGCAGCUUAAUUGGGGGCGGUGAGUGGCCCGCAGCUGCUUCUUCUUCGUCUCGUGUUAUCCUUAUCAUGGACUUGGUUUUAAUUGCCAGUAAGGUGAUUGUACGUAUAAGGA